AUGCGUGCUUUCUCUUCGCCCUUUUGCAUCUCUAUUUUCAUCCUUUUCAGCUACUCAGAACACUUUAGUCAGAUCUCAACUUAUCCUUCCAACCCUGUAGCCACAGCGAAGCUUCUGGAUGAGCAGUCCAAGAUGGGUCUUGAGAACAUGUCCGGCAACAACAGCCGCAAUUUACAAGGGAUCAUCACCCAAGACUGGAAUCUCACCCAAAGUUUCAACGAUGGCAGUCCUAUGAACGCCAACCCUACGCAAUAUCCUCCACAAAACCCGGCCCUUACAGGCUUUGAACCGGAAGCUCCGUACCAUAGCGUCAACACCUCACAUCCUUCCGCCAACAUGCCCAACAUGCACAACAUGCACAACCCUAUGUACAAUUCGUAUGUCGAGCCAAGUCCCAUUACCUUCAAUGGCAAUCAGGGACCGUCUUAUAUGACAGCUGUACCAGCCCCCAGACCACAAGCCCCCCAAGCUUUCAGCCACCAUCAAGCCGUCGGUCAACAUCCGUUUAGCCCCAACAGUUUACAAACCCCAGGAGCACCUCAACUUCAACCCUAUCAGUGGCCCAGACAGCCAGUUCAGCAACCUCUUAUUCGGUCUCCCAACGGUGCCGGGCAGAAUGCUCCUAGUGGCAUGAUCUAUCAGGGUACUUAUCAACACCCACCCCUGGCGCCGGCUGGACAAGCCUUGCCGGCCGUUCAUCCCCCAGUCCCGUUGGAGUCUCAGAAGCCGCCCCGGAGGGAAAAGAGAGCGCGCGAAGAGUCGGACUCGGAAGAGCCUCCACCAAAGAAGAAGAAGGGAGGAAAACGCCCCCGGGUCAAGGAACCCCCGCCAGCAUAUAACAGACGCUACCCGAGACCACCAUCUUGGGGCGAGGCGAGCGACGGCUCCCCCCUGUUCGUGUACAACGACGACGGGGAGCUGCGGACCGACAGAAAGUACACCGCGGAGGAGAUCAGGCUUUACAUUGAGAAAAACCCGCGCAGGCUGAGGAUCUUGGUCCAGCAGUCGCCCACCCAGGUGGCCCAUCGCCUCGGAAACCGCAACACGUGCAUGUGGAAGGGCUGCAUAAAACAAGGCCACAAGAUCGACACGGGCUUCUUCCGUAUCGCCUUUGACGAGUUCUACAAGCAGUCGAAGAGGGGCCACAGGGAUCCCCUCAGGCCCGCCGCGGUGAUGCACAUGUGGUGCUAUGAGCAGUGCUUCGAUCCCCUGGUGGACUACCACGACUACAAGCUCAAGGCGGACAAGCGUCCCCUGACGAAGGAGACGAGAAACAUGAUUGGUAUCGCAAACAAGGGCAAGCACAUCGUCCGGGACGCGUUCAAGCCAUGGCUUAAAAAGACCGAGUUCACGGAGCGUGCUCGCGAGUACACCGGCUCUCUCUCCUCUGCGCUGAAUGAGUAUCACCUGUCCACCCGGUCAAGCCGUAAGCUCGCGCUCGCGCACGAGAGGAGCAAGAAGACGGGCGAAUGCAUCAUCAACUUUCACAAGGGCGACCUCAUGCUAUUCUGCCAAGACACUGGCAAGAACAAGCAGAACAUGAAGCAGAAGGAUCUCCCGGCGAACAGGUUUCAAUUCAGGCCACGCCCAGUAAGGCUGCGGGCGAUAUCCGUGGACGAGGAUUCCGACUCAUCCGACUCCGAGCGUGAGAUCUUUGCAAUCUACGCAGCGCAAGGCGGAGCCGUGGCCCAGCCCGAAGAGCCAUCUAAUGCCUUGAAGCCCCUUAGCGAGAAGAGCUUGAAUUCACGAAUCCCGGCUGCAGGCGUUGGUGCUCGCCGGGAAAGCUCUCGCCCGGAGGCAUAUGGGGCAGAGAAUAAGGAACCCAAGGGGCCUGUGGGAGACGUCGUGCAAGAUGGCAAGACAAGGAAGAUUACUUGCGAAAAGGCCCCCUCAGAUGAAAACAAGCCACCAGUGUUUGAAACUUCAGCUGCAUCGGAAUUGGUAUAUACCGACCCAGGCUCUUGCCCAGAGGCAGAUGGGGCAGAGAAUGAGGAACCCAAGGGGUCUAUGAGAGACGGCGUGCAAGAUGACAAGAUAAGGGAGAUUGUUUGUGAAAACCCCCUCUCGGUUGAAUUCGAGCCAUCAGUGCUUGAAGAUCCAGCUGGAUCGGAAUCCAUUUUUAGAGACCUCCUCUCACCAUCAGAUUUUCUCACUGAAGAUCUUGGAGAAGGGACCACUAGUUUCACGGAUGACUUAUUCGGGGAAAGGCUAGGCGAUACAUUAGAAUCGUCAAUUUUGGUGGACCAGUCAGAGUUUGGAGAGUCUUCAGCUCCCGAAGAGCAACGAGAACCCAAGGUACCAGAACUCAAAUUACCACAACCCAAGGCACCAGAGCCCAAGGAGCAGCAAAAACUCAAGCUACCAGUUCCCAUUGAGCCGCUAGAACCCAAGCAGUCCCCAGGCGUUGAGGAUCUGUCUGGUUCUGGGGGGUCACAAGGAGCCGAGGCUGAACCUAGGUAG